GGUGCUAUAUAUUGUUCUGAAGAAUGCAAAAUUCAAGACCAUUUGGGUGUUUCUUUUCCCACAUCUCCAACUUCGAUGUUAUCACCUUCCACUUUUUAUUCUAACAAGCCGAUUUUAACUUCUUCUGCAUGGCUUAUGUCGAAAGUUCAAUUACCUCCUCAGCAACAAUCAACUUUGUUUUAUCACCGUGCUCCAUUACCUCGUUAUUAUAAACCCGGUGGUUCCUCAAAAGUUUACGCGAAUCCUAAAAAUUUACGCUUGAGGAAAAUGUCCAAAUCUCUUUACGUUCAAUAA